AUGCAGGUGCAAUUCGAAUUCAAUGUUUACAAAUACCAAUGCUAUUACGCAAUCCCCAUCGUUUUUAUUCUCUACUCCAUUCGAAUCCCCACAACCAUCCAAUUCGUGGAUUUAUUUAGCUUUUUUGACGCCGUUGGACGCGGAUUUAUGGAUAUGCUUCAGGUCGAUUAUAGCUGGAUGUCGUUCAUUGGCUAUCUUUGCUCCGGACUCUUCUAUGAUUGGGUCUAUUCGUAUUUGGUCUUCUACGGCAAUCCCAGCUAUACAUCGUGUAUCCAAGUUACGGCCUUUUUGUUGACGUUGGUGGUCAUGUGGAACUAUGAGAGCCAGACGGAACCUACGCACGAUCCGCUGAACGUGGUUUCGUUUGUUCUCUUCAGCGGAUUGCUGUUUUGGGAGGGCGUGUCCACUCCUGUUUUCCGGACACAUCGCGGAUCUUUUUUCGAGAAUCGACGGGAAUCGAUGGUGCAAGCGAGUGAACUUUAGGAUGUGU